AGUACCCAUAUUUUCGGAGGACUUUGUGAGCUUGUUGGCACUGUAGACACAACAGUAAAGCUGCAGCGGCCGGUUCGACAGACACUCAAACAGAAAACAUAACCUGCAAAUUAACACCGAACAUUUUUUUAAAUAUUAACUUUUAUUAAUGAGUUUCUAAUAAAUUGAAAAAUGUGCGAGGGUGUCGUGAACGUCUUAAACGAUAUUCUUCGCGUCGACACCAUAGAGGAGGCCUUUAGUUGUUUUUUAGUGCACCGAAUCACAUCGGAAAAUGACAAAAUUACGAACUGGCUCAACGACUUGAGCACAGCACUACGCGCCGCCACCCCAGAACAGGUGGAACUUGCCGUACGACAGUAUUUAACCGUUGCCUCCGGUACGUCGCACAGUCGUCUUAAACUGCUCAUGGAAUUACUCGAACGGUUGGUCCGUACGAAUGUGCUCUCGCCGCGGCUUGUUUGUGAGGCUCUCAUCGCUAACGAGAAGCUUAUAUAUCAGUAUCAGGAUUUUUGGAUGGAAUCUUUCAAGUUGCUGCGAAAUAUAAUCGAUGGUGUAGAGUAUAAAGGUGUUCGGGAAAUUAUGAAGGGCUGUUGUGAAAAAGCGAAGAGUAUACCGAAACGUUUGCAUGCCGGUCUAUUGCCACAAAUGCAGAUACUAAUUCAGGUUUGCGAACAUAUCAUGGACAGAGACGCCUCUCUUUUACCGGGUUAUUUACUAGUUAACGAGCUGCAAAAGGCGUAUCCUGACGACUGUCCGCAUUGGCGAUUGGCCAGGCUCUUCUCUGAUUACAUUUUAAGUUUUCGCGGUUGCGCGCAGAUGGUGUCCGUGAUCGGUCAGGCCGAAAUGAGGCCGGUCGUCGAGCACAGCGGGCAGCCCGAACACCUUGUUAAUCCGUGGAAAUUAGAUCCUAUUACUUUACGGUUUACGUUAAAAGGUACUUUGCCCUACUCUCCCGAUUUGUUGGUGAAGCAGACCGGUCUGUUGAGGUACGUGUUGGAGCAGCCGUACAGUCGAGACAUGGUCUGCGGGAUGCUGGGUCUGCAGAAACAGCACAAGCAGCACUGCGCGGCCCUCGAGGAGCAGUUGGUGGAGCUGAUUGUUUUGGCAAUGGAACGGAGUGAGGUGGAGGGUGACGAAGGUGCAACUCAAGGUCUCUGGUUGCACCUCUCCUCGCAACUUAUCUACUUUGUACUUUUUCAAUUCGCGAGUUUUCCCAAUAUCGUUUUAGCUCUCCAUACGAAAUUGAACGGUCGCGAUCUAAAACGCGGCCGCGACCAGUUGAUGUGGGUUUUGCUGCAGUUUAUAUCGGGGUCGAUACAAAGAAAUCCUCUCUCCAAUUUUCUUCCCGUGCUACGGCUUUACGAGUUACUAUUUCCGGAGCAAGACCCCCCGCUUUCCGUGCCCGACUUUAACCAACCCCAAUGCACACGACAAAUGGCUAUGAUUUGCAUUUGGAUACACCUUGUCAAGAAAGCGCCUUCGGAACAAACUAAUCUUAUUUGGCCGGUUCCGUCGAAGCUACGUGUACAUCACGAGUUCUUGCAGCACUUGGUCCCUCCAAAUAAUGCUGCACUUUCGAUGGGUAACGAUUAUCGCAUCGCCUUGCUUUGCAACGCGUAUUCCACCAACCAGGAUUACUUCAGUAAACCAAUGGCAGCGCUUGUCGAGACAAUUCAAGGUGGUCCGAAGAGCACCACCCCUCCCACCGCGCCCCUUAGCAUGGCAGUUCUCGACUCCUUAACGGUCCAUUCAAAAAUGAGUCUCAUUCACAGCAUUGUGACGCAUGUAAUUAAGUUGGCGCAAGCCAAAUCGGGCCUCCCCCUCGCGCCUGCGCUCGUGGAGACUUACAGUCGGCUGUUGGUGUACACCGAAAUUGAGUCUCUGGGGAUAAAGGGCUUUAUCAGUCAGUUGUUGCCAACCGUUUACAAGUCGCACGCCUGGGCCACUCUGUACACUCUGCUGGAGAUGUUCAGUUACCGAAUGCACCACAUUCACCCCCACUACCGUGUCCAGUUGCUCAGUCACCUUCACUCGCUCGCUGCAGUACCUCAGGCUAACCAAACUCAGCUACAUUUAUGUGUGGAAUCGACGGCGUUACGAUUGAUCACCGGACUGGGUAGCGGAGAAGUCCAACCGGAGCUGUCGCGCUUUUUGGGCGAUUCCAAAAAUUUGGUUUCGGCCGAAUCCGAGGAGCUAAACCGGGCGCUCGUGCUCACGUUGGCACGUGCCACGCACGUUACGGGCGCCGACGGGUCCUGGUGUCACGAGUUGCUGGCGGCGGUCGCGCAGAGCACGCCGCACGCUUGGGCUCCCCAUACGUUGGAGUGCUUUCCGAGAGCGCUCGCCGAUUUCUUCAUGCAGCACGCCGUUCCUAAGGAGAACAAGCAGCAGCUGAAGAAGGCGGUCGAGGAGGAGUACAGGAAAUGGUCUUCGAUGAAUAACGAGAACGAUAUAUUGGCGCAUUUCGGCGUCGCCGGAGCGCCACCUCUCUUUCUGUGUUUGCUGUGGAAGAUGGUUUUGGAAACAGAUCACAUAAGUCCCAUCGCAUAUAAAAUUCUGGAAAGAAUUGGCGCCCGAGCUUUAUCCGCCCAUCUACGUAAAUUCUGCGACUGUCUCGUGUUCGAAUUCACAAAUUCACCCGGAAGUAUGCACGUAAAUAAAUGCGUCGAUACGAUCAACGACAUCAUUUGGAAGUACAACAUCGUGACGAUCGAUCGACUGGUGCUGUGUCUCGCGCUACGAACGCAAGAGGGCAGCGAGGCCCAAGUGUCCGCCUUCAUUAUACAACUGGUGCUGUUGAAGGCGACCGAGUUUCGGAACCGAGUGCAAGAUUUCGUCAAAGACAAUUCGCCCGACCACUGGAACCAAGCGAAUUGGCACGAGAAGCACUUGGAGUUUCACAGGAAAUAUCCGGAGAAGUUCGCGCCCGAAGAGCAGGGCAGCGGUUAUCAUCCCUACUUUGGUAAUGUCUGCCUGAGGUUUCUUCCGGUUUUCGAUAUUGUGGUACAUCGUUUCUUGGAGAUUCAGCAAGUUACCAAGAACCUGGAAAUUCUGCUGGAACAUCUGGGCUGUUUGUACAAAUUUCACGAUCGACCCAUUACGUACCUAUACAACACACUUCACUAUUACGAGAGCUGUUUGAGAGAUCGACCCCCGUUGAAACGUCGAUUAGUCGCCGCCGUUCUUGGAAAUUUGAAGAGCAACUUGACGGAGCCUUACCAACUUUAUCUGACGAGAUCCCCGGAAGAGGUGUGGAUUCCCGAACUCGAUUACUACAUGCAAUUGAUGCGUCGUGUCGUCGAUAUACUUGCUGGUAGUGCGACUAAUGCGUUAACCGACUGGAGGUUUAACGAAUUUCCGAAUGCAGGCGCGCAUGCUCUUUACACAACGUGCGUAGAACUGAUGGCCUUGUCAGCGGGACCGAAAGUCGUCGCAAACAGUCUCUUGGACGUUGUCGCGAAGGGUUUCACCGCGAUCCCGUCCGGGGAUAUGCACCAGUGGAUUAACGCAAUCGGAUUAGUUCUAGCUGCACUUCCCAUGAGCUAUUGGAGCAUUUUAUUGGAUCGUUUAAUCGAAACUAUGGGAGAGUUGGAGCAGUGGCACUUCGACUGUACUCCAUUUAGAUUAUUUAACUUUCGAGAGACUCACAACGGUCUGCUUCACAACCGGUUCAGCUACAUGCUGGCACUGGCGCAUUCUGUGUGGCAUCACGCGGGGCCCGGUCAAAUGGCCAGCGUUCCGAGAUGGGUUCGAGAGACGUUGCCUGCAGUUGUUCAUUCCGAAGCGCAAUUUUUAUUUGUCUGUCAUUUAGUCGGCCCCUUUUUGCAAAGAUUUAAUGUUGCGCUUGUCGACUUGACGGGGGCUUUGUAUGAGCUGCUUGCUCAGGUUGACCACGCCCAGCAGCGUUUGGAGUACAUGGAUCCCAUAUGCGACUUGUUGUAUCACAUUAAGUACAUGUUUGUGGGCGAUAGUAUGAAAAAGGAAUUGGAGAGUGUGGUGAGACGAUUGAGGCCGGCUUUACAAUUGAGGUUAAGGUUUAUUGCUCAUUUAACUAUUGAGGAGGUACCUACAGCGACUGUGAAUGGAAUUAAUGUUAGUACGUAAGGUUUUUAUAUUGUAACAGAUAAAAUAAAACACUUUAUUG